UUUAUUUUUUAUUUUUCUAGAAUACUUUAGUAGAGAGAAGCAUCUCUGGUUUCAGCGGUCUUCGGAGAUCAAUCUGAGAAGCUUCAACGCAGAGAAAUGGGGACGGCUAGAAUGAUUUCAGCUAACCUAAAUCGUAUUCGUAACACCUACGCGAAAAGCUAUAGCUACUUGAAUCCAGUGAUUCAGGUUGUGAGUCCUCAGCUAGGUGAUCCGUCGAUCAAGUACGGCGAAUCCCCUAGCUUUUUGAUUCAGAGGAGAUGGCAUAUUGGCCACGGUCACUCUCAUUCGCACCACCACGAUCAUCAGGGAGAGGAAGGCGAGAAGAUUUUCCGACUCGGCCUAGCCGCCGACGUUGGUUUGGCGACUGCCAAAGCUUUCACCGGUUACGUCUGUGGAAGCACCGCCAUUAUUGCCGAUGCUGCUCAUUCCGUCUCCGAUGUUGUUCUGAGUGGGGUGGCAUUGCUGUCGUAUAAAGCUGCGAAGGCUCCAAAGGACAAGGAACACCCAUAUGGGCAUGGUAAAUUUGAGACUCUAGGUGCCCUUGGAAUUUCAGUUAUGCUAUUGGCAACCGGGGGAGGCAUUGCAUGGCAUGCUUUAGACAUGUUGAUGGGAUUGUGGUCAGCAGUGCCUGAAGGGGUUAACCAGUCACUAGCUCAUCAACACAUCCAUGGACACCAUCAUGGUGGAGGUGGACAUCAUCAUGGAAUUGAUAUGGAUCACCCUAUUCUUGCUUUGAAUAUGACUAUACUGUCUAUAGCUGUUAAGGAAGGAUUGUAUUGGAUAACAAAGAGAGCUGGGGAGAGGACAGGGAGUGGGCUAAUGAAAGCUAAUGCUUGGCAUCAUCGAGCUGAUGCUGUUUCUUCACUAGUUGCUCUUAUAGGGGUUGGUGGAUCUUUUCUGGGGGUUAAGUUCUUCGAUCCUCUUGCUGGACUCAUUGUUGCUGGUAUGAUCCUAAGAGCAGGACUGGAAACUGGUUACCAAAGCGUCUUGGAAUUGGUUGAUGCUGCUAUCCCCUCACAUAAUUUGGAGCCUUUUAGAAGCACAAUACUACAAGUUGAAGGGGUUAAGGGAUGCAAUCACCUUAGAGGAAGGAGAGCAGGUUCCUUUUUGUAUCUUGAUGUUAAUAUUGAGGUAGAUCCCUUUUCUAGUAUUAGUGCUGCACAUGAAGUUGGGGAAUUUGUUCGACAUGAACUUCAGCGGUCACAUCCUGAAGUAGUCGAAGUCUUUGUACACAUUGAUCCUUUAACUUUACAUCUUCAUCAGCAGAACAACAAACAGAUGGGGUGCAAGAAUGGAAAUUCUUUCGAGCAUAUAGAGCUCGCUAACAGUGUUUCCAAUAUUUUGUCAUCAAAAUUUUCUAAGAGAAUUGUUGUGGAGCGAAUCACACCCCACCUGUUGCAAGGGCAGAUAUUUCUUCAAGUCGAAGUCUCCAUGCCACAGGAACUUUUAAUUAGAGAUGCUGAAAAACUUGCCGGUGAGGCAGAGGAACUGAUUACUGAGACAGUACCUAAUAUUGUACAAGUCACCUUCCAGCUCCGAUUGGGGCGUCCAACGCCACGACCAACAUGUAGUUGAAGGAUUUGCACACUACUUUUUGGGAAACUAACCUACAAUUUUAACUUUAUCCGUCUCGUGGACAAGGAUGGUAAAAAUAUAUACUCAACAGUUUUUGCUACAACCCAGGAGAUGCAUUGGAAUAUCAUCUCAUUUUAUAUGAUUUUGUUCAAAGGAAAAGAACAAAGGUUUUCUGCACAUGUAACUCGAGCGAACAAUAUGGUGUACCAUUUUUUCUUUUCUAUUUGUGCUUAAUAAAGUUAAGGGGAGAAAUUAUAGACA